CCCCCGGGUCCUGACUUGCAGCCACUUCUGGGGUGGAACACGCUGGAGCCGGCCUAGCUGGGAGCCCCGCUGCAUGGAUGUCGUGAUCAGGAAGCCAGCAGGGCAGUAGGAAUGCCACAGCCGCCCGUCGGGAGCAUUUCAAACAGCCCCAGGAGGCUCCCGGGACCCUGCCGACACGGCCCAGGAAGGGAGAGAACCAACGGGACAGCCAGGAACAAAUGGAUGAGGGGAGGAGGAAGGUGCCAUAACAAUGCUGACCACUGGAUGGCGCCCUCACUCUGGGCAAGGGCCAGUCAGGACAAAGAGAUGGGGAAGCUGCAAUACAGGCAUGGGCCACUGGGUGGCGCCUUGGCAGGCAGUGUUGAGCUGGGAAUUCACUGCUAGGAGAGUGGUGUGAUUCCACGCCCCCGUAUCGCCUCUCUCCAGAGGGGAUCCCAUUACAGCCAGAUUCCCCCUGCACGCACACACCUAUGGGGAUCCCAUUCCAGCCAAAAUGCUCUCUAGUCAGCCCCCUCCUGUGACUGACGUUUUUUAUUCCAGAAGUUAGUGCUUUUGAUUGGGUACAGAGAACAUCCCAUUGCUUCUAUAUAAAAUGUUUCCCUACGAGCCACUUCCGUGAAACAUAAGAUGCUGCUGCAGCUCUGGUGGAAAAAGACCCCACAACGGGCAGCCCUGGAAUUAGAACCAACUCAGAACACGGCUCUGGGCAUCAUAUCCCCCAGCUAGAAAUGGUCAUUGCAAACACCGUAUGACCCCAGUAAGAAACCAAGUCCAGACGACUCCCUAAAACUUGGAGUUGUAGCUAAGGAGCACCCAAGUACCUGCCUACAAGCUAAUGAGCAAAGCCCAGGCUCCCCUUUGUUAAUGUCAGGUUAGAGACAGAAGCCCAGUGAAUGUGUUAUCUGGUCACAAGGGAACUCUGACUCCAUUUACAGAGAAACCUGGGACCAGGUCCAAGAACCAGCUUAUCUCUGAACCUUCAUAAAUGUCGGUUUAGUCUUUGGGAAACAAUUCGCUCUUCCAGCUGGCCAAAGAGCAGUAACGAACACUGCUUUAACGAAUCACGCAUAAACAAGGCAACGAAUUAUCUGCCUGGAUCCAAAGGGCAAUCACAUGAGCCUGGAUAAGCCUGGGGCCGGAUCUUUCAGAGGAUAAAUAGACGCUGACACACCAAUAGGAGGUGCCCUUGUUUGACAGAGCCCUGUACAAAUACCCACCCGACGUGGGCACUGGGUCAGUUGCCGGAGGGACGAGGUUCGACGCAGACACAAAGGUCCUACGCCUCCUAUCUCCGGCGCGCUCACCAUGGCUUUUUUGACCCAGGACCAACAAAGUAUGAUCACCCGGGGGAUGAAGUCCCUGGUGUCUCUGGCCAGGGAGCUGAGCUCUUCCAGUGUCAACCCAGACGCUCACAAGGAGAUGCAGGGACACGCCCGGCGUGCGUGCGAGGAAAUGAAAGCUGUGGAGAGCCAGCUGGAAAGCCAGAAGCACAUCGUGGACUCCCACUACGUGACCCUGCUGGAGAAGAGGGCACACCUGAACAAUGAAAAGAGUCAAAGAGAAUUAAGCCAGGCGCUCUUACAGAUCCAACUGAAACAUCACGCGAACACCAAGGCCUACGCCCAAGAAAUGCUCAGCGCGGCAGAGGGGCACCUGAAGGAGCUCCAGGAUUUGCAGAAGGAGGUGAGGAAGGAGAAAAACUGGCUUAAAAUGGCAAGAACCAUCGCCCUGCUGUUCAUGCCUCUUUCCACGCUCAUGGCUGGGAUCGUAGCCGCCAUUUUCCAGACCUCUCUGAACAUGGCUCAGAGAGCUGACCGGGAGCUGCAAAAAGCUAUUGAUCUGUACAACACCAAAAUCUCUGAAUACAAACAAAGCCUUUGCAGAUACGACCUUGAGAAGGAAGAAAUUGACGUGAAGAGUCAUGCUGAUGAGAAAAAAAUGGAGGCGCUCACGAGGGAACUUUUAGAACUGGAGAAGACAAUGGAAAAGAAGGAGCAGUUUCUCCGCAACCUGUCUCUGCUGGUCGGGAACUUAGAGGUACUUGAGUCAAAGUUGGACAUAGACUAUGAAACUACCUGGGAGGUUCUGGCAGUGGAUGUGCUUGAAAGCCUGGAAGGGGACCAGAGGUUGUUGAACUUCCUGGAUGGAAAGGAAAUCCGGAGCCUGGUCCAGGAUCUAAAAAAAAUCAUUAAGUCAAGGGCAGCCAUCUAGAGCAAGGCUGCUGACAGAGGUGAAUGGGAUGUGUCUAAUUCAGAUUAAAGUCAGUGGGAUUGUAUUUAUAGUGGAGUAACGGAUCAGCAUUCAACUGCAGCCCCAUGGAGUACUGCGGGGUUGCUCCAGAUGUAUAGUAGGAUAAAGUGGAAAUCAGAGGGGUGGGGGAAGUGAGUGAAAGGGUUUCACCUGCUGAGAAGGGGGACCCCAUAAAACCGCUUUAUACAUCAUGACUUCUGCAUCUGGCUUAGGAAAUGCGACCUAUCUUUGCAAAUCAUAGCAUCAUCGUGCACUACAACGGGAAGGGACCUCGAGAGUCCUCAUGGCAGGACCCAGCACCGUCUAGAGCAGCGGUUCCCAACCUUUUCCAGAAGGGGAUC